GAUCAGCUGAAGAAUGUGCAGCAGAUCCAAGCCACUACGUGCGCUUUUGCUGCUAUUCAUGGCGAUGGAUUGGUCGUGACCUGGGGUGAUGCUGCCUGGGGCGGUGACAGCGGCGCUGUGCAGGACCAGCUGAAGAAUGUGCGGCGGAUCCAGGCCACUGACCACGCUUUUGCCGCUAUUCUUCGUGACGGAUCCGUCGUGACCUGGGGUGAUGCGCGCAAGGGUGGUGGCAGUGGUGCUGUGCAGGAUGAGCUGAAGAAUGUGCAACACAUCCAAGCCACUACGUGCGCUUUCGCUGCUAUUCUUGGCGAUGGAUCUGUCGUGACCUGGGGUGAUGCU